AUGUCCGUUCUCCUGGCUACCGGCCUUAUGGCCGCUCUUGCUGCGUCGCCCGUCUCAGCAUUCUGGCGACUGCCUUGCAAGUCCCCGAUCGUCGUUGAGCGGGCUGAUCCCAUCAUCAGUCCCGGUCAAGUGUCGAACCAUCUGCACACAAUCAUGGGAGGCAACGGAUUUGACUUCACGAUGGACUACAACUCUACUCAAGAAUCCACUUGUUCGUCUUGUACGGUGAUUGGGGACAACAGCAACUACUGGACGCCCACGCUGUUCUACCAACACCAGAACGGAACUUUCGAGAGUGUCAAGCAGAUUGGCGGCGCGACUGUCUACUAUUUGCAGCGAAAGGGGGACGGCGAGACCUUGAAGGCAUUCCCUCCCGGAUUCCGCAUGGUUGCAGGCAACCCCUUCAAGCGAACCGGUGGCGAUGACUUUGCUAGUCAAGCCGUCAGCUACGCUUGUCUCGACUACAACGGCCCUGCAAAGGCAGAAACCCCCAUGUUCCCCAACUACAACUGUCCCGAUGGUCUCCGGGCCCAGGUCUUCUUUCCCUCCUGCUGGAAUGGCAAGGACCUGGACUCUCCGGACCACACUUCCCACAUGUCUUAUCCCACGGGCGCUUACAACGGUGGUUCGUGCCCUCCCGACUUUCCCGUCCACCUUAUCUCUCUUUUCUUCGAGGUCAUCUGGGACACGGGUAAAUUUGCGAAUGAGUGGUACGAAGACGGUCAGCCAUUUGUCUGGUCCAUGGGCGAUCCUACUGGUUAUGGCGGCCAUGGUGAUUUCGUCAUGGGCUGGGAUCCCGAGCUGCUUCAGAAGGCUGUCGACCAAUGUACCAACGACAGUGGUAGAGUCGAGGACUGCCCUGUAUUCGACCUCAUUCCUGAUUCUCAAGCCGAAGGCUGCAGGAUCGAACCAGAAGUGGACGAGCUUGUCAGCGGCCUCCUCGAUGCAUUGCCCGGCUGCAACCCCGUUCAACCCGGGCCUACAGCAACGCCUCAGAGUGGCUGCGGUGCUCCCACGGAGAUCACCCCAUCCAAUGCCACUUUCUUCACCGAUCUCACUGGCAAAGGCUGGUCCUACACUGGAUGCGGCACUGACAAUUACUACAACCGGAUCCUCACCGGUGCUAGCCAGGCCAAUGACCAAAUGACCAACGAGAACUGCGUUGCCUUCUGCGAGAGCAAAGGAUUCUCUGUUGCGGGCACUGAAUAUGCCAGUGAAUGCUACUGUGGCAAUUCCAUUCCAUCAAGCGGUGCACCUGUGCCCGGAGUGGUCGGAAAUUGCCAGAUGUCCUGCAAGGGUGAUGACUCCGAGUUCUGUGGUGGCUCUGGCACCAUCUCUCUAUACCAGAAGUGCACGGGAGACACAUGCACGAAUGCUCAAUUCGGCAGCUCUCCGGCUCCUGUCCAAGUUGCCAGUCCUCCUGCUUCUUCUGCCACCGGCUCUCCAGCCUCGUCUGCUCUAUCAACUUCGCCCGCUUCGGCCGCCGAAUCUCCUACUACGCUCGCCACGGUCACGACCUCCAAGGUUGCGGCGGUGACUACCACGACAGCCUCCGAGCCACAGGUCCAGCCAGUCACCACUACUUCGCCAACAUCUUCGGCAUCCUCCACCCCCGGCUGGACCUACAGCGGUUGUUUCGUCGACACCGUCAACCCCCGCACCCUGCCACAGUGGUCGAAUUUCAACGGUGGCAAGGUGACCAACGAAGCGUGUGUCUCGUUCUGCGAAAGCCGCGGCUUCGCCGUGGCCGGCACGGAAUACGCAGGCCAGUGUUUCUGCGGCAAUGACAUUUCCUCGCCUCAGCUCGACGAAGACCAGUGCAACAUGGCCUGCACAGGCGCGGAGGAUGAAGUCUGCGGUGGACCUGGGGCCUUGAGUGUGUGGAAGAAAGGCUCCUCGAGCACCAGGUUGAUGGCUAAGAGAUAUGUCAACCAUCUGCGCCGGCACGGGAGGAAGGCCCAGUCCUAA